AUGAAUAGGAGAAGAAGAACCGCAAGACAGAGCUCAAAUGUGUUCAUGGCCUUCACACAGCCGCAGAUACUGGAGCUGAAGGAGAUAUUCAAUCUUCUGGACAGCACGGCAGACGGGUUUAUUUCAGAGGAAGACCUUGUUUCCUUCCUGGACAGCAUAGGUGCUCCUCUUACGAACGAGGAAAUCAGUGAAAUGAUGUGCGACAUGGGCGAAAGAUUCAACUUUACGCAGUUCCUUACGUCUCUGUGCGAGAGACUGGCAAACCUCGAUGCACAGAAUGUAAUUGAGCAGGCGCUGGGAACAUUUGACCCUGCGUGCUCGGGAAAGGUGGCCAUUGCGGACCUCAAGGAAAGCCUUCUCCAGGGCGAGGGCGCAAUCACCCCGCAGGAGUGGAGUGUUCUGGAGAAGGAGCUGAAGCCAGAGGAAGGAAAGCUGCCCAUCCCAGAGAUUGCCAAAAUCAUAAAAAACUGUGGGCUUGUGUUUGCUAAGUAG